AUGCGUUUCGGAAAGACGCUGAGGAACUCGAUAUACCCUCCUUGGAGCGGUAAAUAUAUCGACUACCAUAAACUGAAACUCCUUUUGCGAGAACAGGAUGUUACCGGAGAUGCCAGUGAUUCGGAAAGUACACAAUGGACAGAGGAGGACGAGGAGGCGUUUGUGCAGGAAUUGAUCAACGUUCAACUAGAUAAGGUCAAUGCUUUUCAGGUGAAAACGUCUCAGCAGCUCCGAGAGCGUACUUCUGCUUGUGAAGCCAAGUUGCGCCCAAUCGCGCCCACCACAGGUCAGGAAACGCCUGCAAUGAACGAGGAUGAGAAAAGAGCGAUUGCUUCAGAUGCUCUUCAGGAGCUGGACGACAUUACAAAGGAAGUCAAUCAUCUUGAAAAAUAUAGCCGAGUCAACUUCACUGGUUUUCUGAAAGCUGCGAAGAAGCAUGACCGCAAGCGUGGUGCGCGGUAUCGCAUCAAACCUCUACUGCAAGUGCGGUUGUCGCAACUUCCAUUUAACUCUGAGGAUUAUUCGCCUCUUGUCCGCAGAUUAUCGGUGAUGUACUCUUUUGUUCGCGAGGUCCUUAACCAUGGCGCCGUCCGUCCUGAGGAGCUUGGAGAGCCUCGGUUUGGUCAUGAUGCCUAUUCGUCGUUCAAAUUCUGGGUCCAUGCGGAUAACAUUCUCGAAGUCAAGACCUACAUUCUCCGGCAGCUGCCGGUCCUUAUUUACAAUCCUGGUAAUUCUAAAGAGCUGGACAUGUUGACUGAGGACCCUACGAUCACAUCCCUCUAUUUCGACAACCCCCGAUUCGACCUAUACAAUCAGAAGGUCCUCAGGGAACCUGAGGCUGGGUCACUCAGAUUGCGUUGGACUGGGCAUCUGGAGGACAAGCCGCCUAUAUAUUUGGAGAAGAAGAUUGUUACCGAUGAAGAUCGAAGCAGAGAGGUGAAGGUGCAAUUGAAACAGAAACACAUUCAAGAAUUUCUCACUGGCGAAUACCGAUUUGACAAGAAGGUUCACCGGAUGGAGGGUAUGGGCAACGGAGAGUCAGUAGAGGCUGAUUCGCUUAAAAAGGACGUGGAGGAACUACAAUCGUUCAUCAAAAAGCACGAUUUGCAGCCAAUGCUUCGGGCCAACUACACUCGCACAGCAUUCCAGAUCCCUGGCGACGAUCGAAUUCGUAUCUCACUUGAUACAGACCUGGCAUUGAUACGGGAAGACUCGCUUGAUGAGGAGCGUCCCUGCCGGGACCCAGAUCAAUGGCACCGUUCCGAGAUCGACGUGAACCGGAUGGAAUACCCUUUCGAUACAAUCAGAACUGGAGAGAUUUCCCGCUUCCCGCAUGCGCUGCUAGAAAUCAAGCUUCGAGGAAAUGCGCUUAACGCUGAGUGGGUGCAUGAUUUGAUGUCUUCUCACUUGGUCAAGGAAGCUCCUCGAUUUUCCAAAUUUGUCCACGGAGUUGCACAACUCUUCGAAGACAACGUCAACAAUUUCCCUUUCUGGCUGGGUGAACUGGAGAAUGACAUCCGCCGGGACCCCGAAACCGCCUUCCACCAAGAGCAAGAACGGCUUGCGAAGCGGGCCGAAGACGACAUCGCAGUCGGAAGCUUCCUGGGAGGCAGCAACAAAAUGAGUCCGAGAAUCAGAGCUUCUAUGGGUUCACCAGGAGCAAGGUUCACCGACAUUGGCUCUCCACGAACCAGCAGACCUUCCCAGGCUGUGCCAUCAUCGCCCAGAGCCUCUGCUUCCCAGCCUGAACCUCCCCGCCAGGAUCUGCCACCACCAGCGCAAGAGGAAGAACAACCAGGCGAAACCGACAGAGUCGAAGGUCAACCCUCAACAACAACAAUAGCCCGUCUAGCCUCCCUCUUUCCCUCCUUCCCCGUCUCCCGCUCAAGUCGCACAUUCCGCGACUCCGCCCCUCUCCCACCCGGCGUUCAAGAACCUGGCACCUGGAUCAAAGACUCUGGUCCCGUCCGCGUCGAAAGCAAAGUCUGGCUCGCCAACCAGCGAACCUUCAUCAAAUGGCUACACAUCAGUAUCCUCCUCUCCUCGCUCUCAUUGGGUCUCUACAACGCAGCUGGUAAGCAAAACGAUGUGGCCCGGGCGUUGUCUAUCGUGUACACGGCGUUUGCGCUUUUCUCAGCUGGUUGGGGAUGGUACAUGUAUGAGAAGCGGGCGAGACUUAUUCGGCAGCGGAGUGGGAAGGAUUUGGAUAAUUUGUUUGGGCCAAUUGUGGUAUGUUUUGGUUUGGCUGUUGCGCUAGUGUUGAAUUUUGCGUUCAAGUAUUCUGCUACUCUGAAACAUAUUCGAGGGGGUCAUGAGCCUGAUAUUCCUGGUAACUCUACCGUGGCUUCCGUGGGCGCUGGCUCCUGGGGAUUGGUGAACCAGGCACAGCAACCACAGCAGGUGCUUUAG